GCACAAUUUAGUUCCACAAUCGAAAUUCUCGAAAUAUUCACUUCUCUCUUUUCUCGCCUCACCCGCACAGUAUUCACAAUGAAGAACGGAGGAUACAACAUGCAAAGUGUUGCACUAGCGGCGGUAGCUAUGAUGGUGGUGCUGAUGGUGGCGGAAGUGCAUGUGACGGAAGCCGUGACAUGCUCUGCAAUACAGCUCUCACCGUGCCUUGAGGCGAUCACGAAAUCGAAAGCACCGUCGGCUGCCUGCUGCAGCAAGCUGAGGGAGCAGAAGCCCUGCCUUUGUGGCUACGUGAAAGACCCUAACCUCAAGAAGUAUGUCAACUCUCCUGGCGCCAGAAAGGCGGCCAGUGCUUGCGGUGUUACUGUCAGAUGUUAAGUUGAUUAAGUUCAACCUAGUACUACUAUGUAUGUGUAAGAAAUAAAUGUAGUCCUGUUAAUUAGGACGACCAGCUGCACUUUGUUUUCAUAAAUCAUAUUGUAAUGAAAAAGCUACUCUUUAUAAUGUGAUGAGAGUUGGUGGCUGGCUCAAAUAAAACGUUAUGUUCAGAUC